UAUAUUAUUUUAUGUCAAAACAUACUUUUUUAUUUGUACACCGGCUCCUCUGGCAAGUUUGAUUACCCACAUUGUUGUUUUGUUUAGGUUGAAACAAUUUUUCAUCUAUGAAUAUCAACUAAGUAUCGUAAGUAAAUUGCCCCCGAUUGUUCAAUCAUUUUAUAAUAACCAGAGUCAUUAUUUUGAUAGUUGAUCAUUAUGAGUCAUACUCAAUAGAAUUUAAUCAAAUCCUAUUCUUUGUUGUUUUAUAUAGCUGUAUGAAAAUGUUUAAAGUCCCUCUCUUAUUCUUUUGUUUUUUCUUUCUUUUAAAGUUUGUAGUUCCUCAUGUUAUUCCAAAGAGGCUUGAGGCUCCACUGGAGAAUUUGCAGCUUCUCAACUUAGGUCUAUGCUUUGCCGAUGAAGCUCAAAUUUCAGCAGUUAUUUGCUUGCUGCAAAGUGCUCCCCGGUUGCAUACACUUAAAAUUGAGGAAGAACUCGCAAAUGUAGAGCAAAGUGAUAUGGACGCAGUUAGAGAGUAUUUGUCAACACCAAAUUGUGUAGAAGAAGAUCUCAUAGCACUUAGAAAGAUAAAGUUGGAUGGUUUUGUGAACACCACAAAUGAACGUUUUUUCAUGAAACUUAUGCUAGCUCAUUGUCCUUCACUUGUAGAGGUGACACUUACGCCUGCAAAUUCAAUUGAAGAACCUGAAAUAUCGCUAUUCUACUUAGAAGUGCUUCAGUUCCCUCAAGCUUCACCAAAUGUCGAUAUACUGCUUGAAUAGCUAAUAUUUCUAUUUUAGCAGCUACAUCAUCAUUUUAUUAAUUCUUCUGACUGAUGAAUAUUUGGUUUUGGGCAAUGGCCCUAUUUUUUGUGAUAUUUGUAAAUCGGGACAAGUAUAUUGUUCUAAACACUCCGGUUUAUCUUUAAUUUUGAUUGUCAGGAUACCGUUGACAGCUUUAUGAAUCAAG